AUGUAUCUGACCUUCAUUCUAGGUGAGCAGAGGAUGGCCACCAGGAAAGUGUUGCAGGAGAUUCCCAUCUUGCCUCCACAGACUGAGCAGCAAUCCUUUGUGGUGGUAAAAGAAGAGGCGAUGCCAGACCCAUGCACGCAGAAUUUCUCCUUUCCUGCCAAAGCUCAUGCCAAAUACAGCAGCAAUGAUGAAUCGAAAGAAAACAUCACCCCUGCUGCAUUUAAGAAUAUUAAUGGAGAGAAAUACAAGUAUGAGAAGAGUGAUGUUGAGAAGCAAGCAGACCACACGGAGUCGAACAAUCAGGAAAGUUCUUCUGGAUUGGAUAGUGAUGUCUCUUUGCAGCAAAAAGAUGGCGGAACUCCCAUGAAGGACAUCGAUUUUUCGGAUUGGCGUAUUGGGGAGUCAAACACACCAGUGGAUUUCUCUACAGCCACCGUGGAUGAUUUUGGCAUUACAAGCGAGAAAUUCACCAACUCUGGAGGAAAAUCCCCCAGGUCUCUGCACAAACACAGGCGCAGAUCUACAAUCGGUGUCCGCGGAUCACCCGAAACAAACUAUCUAAUUCGCCAGAUUGCACUGCAGAGAAGCAAGAGGCAGUGCAACCCCGAGCCUCUGACAAACCCCUUUAUAUCUCCGCGGAAUUCAGUAUUAAAAGAAAAAAUGUCCUCUUUUCGAAAUGCUUUCCAAGCAGUUGAGGAAAAUGAAGGAAAACUACCAUUUCCAGGUUUCUCGGAGGAGGAGCAAGAAACACGGAGUGACACCCGGGAAAGCGAAUGUAACGGUAACACAAGUGAGUUAUCUGAACCUCCAGGGAAGAGGAAGAGAGGGUACGAUACAUCACUUCCAAAGAUAACAAGUGUACCUGUGAAGCCCCAUGCACCAUUGUUAUCCAUGCAACCACAGGAGACCACUCAGGAAAUUCAAAAAGUCCCUGUGCUGGAGAAGAUCUCGGAGUCUGCUGGUUCUUCAGCUUCCAGGUUGCUUACUGAUGUCUCCAAGUCAGUAGAUGUGCAGAUUGAAGAGACUCAGCCAGUGCCAAGUUGUACAAGAGGCCAGAAGAGGAAGGUCAUGUUUGCAGAUCUCCCCAGUUCUCCAAAAUCAAAGAAAACUUUGUGCAUAAAUGAGGCUCACAAACCUGACUGUCACUCAUUCUCCAGCCCCAUUGUCCUGCGUCCUGUAUUGAAGAAAACUUCCAUGAAGGAGUUCAGCAGCUCCAGGGAUGAACUGGGAGAUCAGAGAGUGUGCUUCUUGGUGUCAGAGCCAUUAGAGAAUGAGAACAAUACACUGUUCAAAAAAACAGUCAAUGAUUCUGUGAAGAAAAGGGUGACAUUUGGAAGAGAGCUGAGUCCAGAGUUGUUUGAUAAGACACUUCCUGCAAACACGCCUCUACGGAAAGGAAGUACACCGUACCGCCAGCACGCAUCGGAUACUGCCACACCAACUACACAAGAGGCCAACCACCAGAGCCCAUGUCAACCACUAGCACAGCCGGAUUUUGACUGCAUAGAUGAAGAGGAUACCUUUCAACCACUUUCACUUUGUUUUGAUACUGGAUCUCCAAGCAAAGACUCAACUAUGUUACUGUCAUCACCAGGUAAGGAGGAUCAGGUUUUGCCCACUGAGGAGCUGGAAGAUGUGACCGAGGAACAUAACCACCACGAGGAAGAUGAAAAUCUACUCAUUUCUCAUGACUUUCCAGAGAAUUCUGCUGCUCCUGCACUGGAUACAGAGAUUGCGAACGAAUCCUUCAUCGUCUUUGAGCCUGAUACUGUUCCAGCUAAGAGUAGAGCGACCCGAUUCUCCAAUAGGAGCAAGCAGGCUUGCAGCCCAGAAGACCCCCCUACGAGUGACAACACGCAAACUGCUGACACCAGCAAAGUUCAAGUGACCACAUCCGCCAAACCUUCUUCCAAAAGAAGCAGAAAGCAUGUCAUCAAGAAAGUACAGGUGAAAGCUCCCCAGGUUAAGGGUAAGAAGAGUCGUGGGAGACCUAAGAAGUCUGUCCAGAAAUGUUUGUAUGGGAAGCGAGAAACUGUCUCCAAGAAGCCACUGCUGAGUCCUAUUGUCGAGGUGCCGGAGUAUCACCCCACACCUCCUGCCUCUACUCUCGUGUCUCUGGGUGGUACCCUAAAUAAAGGAUUUGUGAAGAGCGUCCCAAAAAGAAGAGGCAUUCGGAAAGACAGAGGGAAGGUCCAGAAGUGCAAUGUUCCUUCUGAAAUUCUGAAUUCUUCCGAUCCCAUAAUUCUGAAGACUGAAGAUGUUACUGAAGAUGGAAGUUGUCCUGAGCAAGAGGGCUUAGAAGUCAAACUAACUGAAUCACUUACAGAGGGUCAAAGCCACACAGAACCAGCUGAUUUGGUCCUGCAGGUGGAGAACGUAAGCUCAAGCACUGAAUCUCUUUUGUCAUCUGCUGACAUGGAGGUGAAACAAGAUGAAGACUUACCAGAGCCAUGUGAAAGUUUCCCAGAAGAUGAGGGCACCACCGAGACCAUGACUGCACCGAAGCUGCAAAACAAAUCAAAGAGGCGCUCAACUACGCGAAGGCGAGUGUCCCAAACUACCACAGACAUGCCACACAUUGCAAAUCCAGAUCUUUUAGAAAACAUUAUGAAUGCUGAUCACACCACUACAGAGACACGUGCUGAAGACCGAAAACCAGAGAUCGACGUGUUGGUAGAAAACAGAGCUCACUCACCUAAGUUGCCAUUAGUCACAGGCAUAGCCGGUGGUAAAAAAGGUAGACGUUCUUCGAGGAACUUCAGCAAGUCUGCCAUAUUUUGUCAAAGCACCGAACCAAAUAUCCAUACUCAGGAUCCUUCUACCAUGUUACCUCACCCUGAUGAAAAUUCAAUUGCCUUCACUAAUGAGCCAUAUCUGCCCAUCGAUGAGAUUCUACAGGACGCUGGAACAAAGAAGGUCAGACGCAGCAUGAGGCUACGCAGAGAUUCUGGUGCCAGUGGGUUGUUCUGGGUUCAGGAGAAUACCAGCAGUGAGGGAACCAACAGGCGGAAAUCAUUAAGCUCUGCAGUGCAACCUUUAGGGAAUUCUAAUUCAAUCCUGAAAAGUGGAAGCUGUUCUCCAAACAAGGAGCAGAUAACUGUCAAGCAGGUUCCAAGGGCAGCUAAACAGAAAUCUUUAAGCUCUGCGGUGCAGUCUUUAGAGGGUUCGGAUUUAAUCCUGGAAAGUGUAACCCCUAGCCCAAACAAGGAGCAGCUGAGUGUUCAUCAGGUACCUAGUGCAGCUAAAAAGACUCGGAGAAGAACCUUGUGUACCUCCACCCUACAGCAAAUGGCAUCUCUGGGUGACACCAAGAGGAGGUCAAACAUAUCUUAUAAGGACUCUCUUUCCGCUGAAACCCAGACCAGCCACAACAACAUUACGCUAGAUACAUAG